GUAAGCCAGGAUCCCAAGCUACCCCGGAUUCUUAUAUUUGCCCAGUUUUGAUAUUACCUCCCCUACUUUACUUCUUUUACGUAUGAUUCAUUGCAAGAAAAUGAAAGAAGAAAGUCCCCAAACUGAAACAUCGAUCAGGAAAAGAUUGGUUACACAAUACAAUAAUCUACAUGAUACACAAUAAAUAAGAGCACACACAAUGGCUGAUAUGCAGGCUGUCCAGCAAGCCUACAUACUGGCUCUCAAAGGGGGAGAUGAAGAUACAGCUUUGUAUUUACAGACACUUAUACAUGCAGACUGUCAGCUGGCACUGAAGUACAUGACAAUCAACAUGGAAAGUUUAAUUGAGCUUAAUAGUCAGAAUGUUGAUCAGCUGACUAGAAUCACCAUAGCAUUGAGUAUCUUGGAAAAAUAUACUAGACACUUGCUCAAACCUGAAGAAAGUAGGUCAAACAUGUGGAAGUAUGUCAAGUUUUCUAACCAGAUCUUCAAAGACAGGGUUGAUGCUAUACAGGGAGGAAGAGAAUUAAUGAAAAUGAUGGGCUAUACCAAGGAUAUAAAGGAUGGCCUGGCAUUCCCUGAUGAUGGCAAAACAGAUCCAGAGGUUCUGUUUCAAAUGUUGGCUGAUAUAUUGCUUGGUAAACAAGAACUUCAGUUGUUCCUUACAGGAUCUCAUCCACAUAGCCAGUUUAUUGACAAACUUCUUCCACAGAAUACUUUAAUAGAAUUGAAGAGGUUUCGUAACAAACUGCAGCAGAUUGAUCCAAGUUCAGUGAUAGACAAUAUUCCUGCAAAUCAAGCUACUUCAGUUAACCAGGUCAGAGACCCUUCUCUUAACCAGCCAACAAUAAAGCCGGAAAGUUAUCUGCCUGAGUCCCGUUUAUCCACGUCACAGUAUGGUAACAGUCCAUUGUCUAGUCCUACGCCCAGUAGUUACAGAACAGCUGCAGACCAAAGUCAACAGCUCUCCAGACCAGUAAAUGAACCAUCAGCCUUCAGCUAUGUUACUGCUAAUACUGGAAUACAAGAAGCACAACCUCAACCACAAUUUGUUGUUCCACAAACCAAUGCGACUGUACCACAGUUACACAAUGCUCAGCCAAGUUUAGGUCGUAUUGACUCCAACCAAAUACCAAUAGUGGCCAAGCUGAUGGCACAAGGAAAGUCCAUUUCAUCAUUGACUCAAGACAUUGAGUCAUCACCUUCUAACUCUACAUCAACAUCAACAUCAACGUCUAAACCUGUUACAAUAUCAUCGGGAGAUUCACCAAGCGUCAUGUCGGAAGUUAGUGUUCCACAAACACAGGUAUCAACACAACCUAACAAUGACAGCAUUGUAAAUACUUCUACAGAGGAAUCAGUAUUUCCAAGCGGUUCAGCAUGUGAUAUAUGUGGUAAUCGUCAGGCAGAAGUGAUAUGUGAGAUAUGUGAUAAUAAACAACUCUGUUUAGACUGUGAUAACAAAUGGCAUCAGCAUCCUAGACGACAGAACCACAGACGGGAAAACAUUGCAGGAGAGGCAGAUGACCAUUUACCCAAUCAAAAACCAAGAAUCGGAUCACAUGGGGAAACAGCUCAAGUAAGGAAUGUUUCACAUGAAGGUAAUACUGACAUGAUUAUGCCACAUGGUGGUGGCGGUGAUAGCUUUGUGACGGCUAACUACAACCCUCCUCAGCCAAUGGGUUAUUACACACCUCCUCAAGCAAUGGCUAAUUACAUCCCUCCUCAGUCAAUGGCAAAUUACAACCCUCCUCAGUCAAUGGGUGCUGAAAAACGACCUGGUAUGAAUUAUAUAACCAGUCGGAUGCAGAAUCUGGGAGUAGAGGGACAUGGACGGACAAGGACACCUUCAGCUGGGGAGAGUGGCAUGGCAGAGAUGUCUAAUAUAAUGGAGCCACACAGUGUGCAAACAGGGAGUUGGUCAAAUCAACACCAGGUACCUUAUGGUUACUCUCACCAGACCAAUGUUGUAGGACCAGUCCAAGCAUAUGGAAGUCCCAUGUCAGGAAGUCCCAUGUCACAAAUGCAUCUCUCUUCCUCUCCAAGUAUGGCCAGUGGUGGUCAGCAGUUCUACAAUAACCAGCAAGUUCAAAUGGGAAAUCAGCCAUAUUUUGCAAACCAGCAAUUUCCAAGAAACCACCUGCAGCAGCAGCAGCAAAUAAAUUCCUCCCUUGGCCAGGGUCAUCAACAGAAUCCAUCUAGCACAGCACCAGGAGGACCACCUACAUCACGUCUGCUACCCUCUAUUCUGGCAAUCCCCGACCUUCAGAGGAGAAAGUCAAAAGUAGAUAUAAAUUUGAUGACUCUUCGUGAAGAAAUUGAAGAUGUAGAGACAAAAAUCAACGAAUUAAUUUCUCAGAAUGGUCAGUUUUUCUCAGAUCCUGAAUAUGCUUCAUUGUAUAAGAAAAAGGGAAUGUUAACACGAGAGAAAAUGGAAUUAGAAAAGUAUGAAAGAGAACUUGAUCAAGCAUUAAGAGGGGAUGAUCAAAACUCUUUUACACCAAGGAAAGGAAGUCUUCCUGAUGUUUUAAGUCAGCCUGUAAUUUACCCUCCCCCAUAUUUUGGAGGAACACCUAGUCACAUCCAUAGUAACCAGCCACAGAUUGUUACUCAAUCUCCUGCUUAUUUUGUAUAUAGCCUCGUACCACAAUCAACAAUAACUCCUGGAAGUGUUUCUCCAGAGAGUCAAGGUCAACCUGGAUACAGCUUAAUACCAGCAACUCCUCAGCUUAUUUCAGCUCAUCAAAAUAUUCAAUAUCCACAAACUUUUAGUAAUCAGCCUAGAGUUCCUGACUUUCCAGGAGUGUAUCAAUCACCACCAUCCUCACAAAACUUUGUGAAACAGCAACAUGCUACUACCAUUCCUCCAAGAAGAAUCGAAGAUAGAGGUCAGCAAAAAACACCUCACCAAAGGUCAUUUGAGGAAAAAAUGGACAAUGUUUUACCGAAUCUUAAUCCAAAACCCCAACAAAUGACCCAAGAUACAUUGCAAAAGGAAGAACGACAAAAUCAGCAAAAUAACUUAAAGCUUACCCCACCAAUUCCACAUAGACAAAUUGCUGGAGUUACUGGAAAACCACCUCAUUCAUAUGUAAAUGUACCCAAUCUAUCAACAUCAAUUGUUCAAAGUCAUCAAAAGUUGGAGACCGUUGUAACAAAUUCUCAAGACAUACGAACAUGGAUUUGUUCUCACUGUACAUUUCAUAACAAAAAUAAUACCAAAAUUUGUAAAUUGUGUUGUAAAACAAGUGAGAAACCUCAAUAUGUUGAUGAAGCGCCUUCAGUCGGUGAUACCACUGAUAAAGCAAAAGAGCCUCCUAGUAUUGAUGAUGAGAAUGAGACGGCUGUAUUGGAAAUUGGAAAACACAUUGGAGAAAUAACUGAUCAGAUUUACAAUGAAAAAAUAGCUGCUCAGAAACUGUACAAAGAAAGAGAGGAAAAAGAAAAUUUACAAGCGGCGGCACUGAAGUCUGCAUUACCCAAAGCAAAAUUACCUGAUCCAGUUCCUGUAGUCACGACAACAGUGACAAAAACUAAACCUGAAGUGACAAGACCUGUCCAGUCAACUCCCAAAAUGAUAAACAGACCCAAUGAAUCACCAAGCAAGAUGGUGGUAGGGUCCCCUUUCUCUGCCGAAAGAUUUUCUGGAUCAAGCACAGGGAAGAAUUUUGCAGAGACUCUGGAAGAUAUACAGAGAAGGAAAAAACAAGAAGAAAUGCAGUUUGAAGGGAAAAAGUUACUCAUGCUUUUGAAGAAUUGUGAGAAGGAUGGAAUCGAUGCUGAUGAAGUUGAGUUAGCUGUGGAACUUGCAGGUGAUGUUCCUGCAGGCAAAUGGUUAAGAGAAAAAUGGAUGCCUUUGGUUGACAGGGUAAUACAUUCAGCGACCAAUCAGGGAGCUUUGAUGGAACAGAAUGAUGUUGGGGAAUUAUCUCUGAUAGAGAGUAAAGAGGCUCUUAAACAGACUGGGAAUGAAAUGAAUGCAGCCAGAAUGUGUGUUGAAUACAGGAAAAAACUGUACAGUGAAAUAGAAAGUCAUGGAAACUUUGCUAGAGAAGAUAUACUCCAAGCAAUGCUGCAUACACAAGGUGACCUUGAAAAUUCUGUAGAUGAGUUGAAUUCAAAAUGGCUGCAGUUGUUUAAUGACAGAAUAUGGCUCACAGAAGAAAAUGCACAAGCAGAGAAUCCUUUAGUUGAUGAUCAACAGAUUGCACAAGAGCUUGCCAUGGCUAGGGCUAGUGAAAUAUGUAAUAGUGUGACAAACAGUGUCUUGUCCUAUACCACAUUCCAGGCUACUGUCAAGGACAGAACUGUUGACCUUGAGAGAAGAACAAGACUGAUACUUGUUGAAGGGAAACUACAAAGUUGGGGAAGAGCAGAAAUUGUUAUAAGGAUCCUAGAUGAAGAAGUUGUCACAGGCAAUUUGGUAGCUUCCUUAGAAGAAGUUGUGGAAGCUGUAAGGAACUGUGGAGAUCGUGCUAGUUCUCUUAUCUUUCUUAAACAGUAUUGUGAAAUCUGUUAUUCACAGUUUCCUAUGACAAAAAUAAGGAAUCUUGGGUGUAAUUGUAAAUUAUGUGUUCAUUGUGUAAGGGAGAACUUUGAGAUAAUGAUACGUGAGAGACAUGUGAGGAAUAUGAACUGUCCAAUGUGUAGUCUGCCUGACAUGGAGAAUAUUGAUGCUGCCUCAGAUUAUCUGUCUUUCCUUACAUUACUUCUACAGACCAUGGUACCUCAGGAUAUGAUGGAAUUAUUUCAUUCCAAAUUACGAGACUGGCAUUUACAGAAAGAUCCAAACUUUAGAUGGUGUGUUCAUUGUGGCAAUGGGUUUAUUUGGGCAGCUGGAAACCAGACACUGAUGAUGGCAUGCCCUACAUGCAAGAAAGGAACAUGUUUUAAUUGCAAGAAAAUGUGGGAAGAUCAGCAUGCAGGUUUAACUUGUGAACAGUAUGCUCAGUGGAAGAUUGAUAAUGAUCCAGAAAAUCAAACCGCUGGCUUAGCUAGAUACUUAGAAGAUAAUGGCAUUGAUUGUCCAAGUUGUAAGAUGAAGUAUUCAUUAGCUAAAGGUGGAUGUAUGCAUUUUAAGUGUCCACAAUGUGGAUUUGAGUUCUGUAGUGGAUGUUCACAGCCUUUUCAUCAGAAAGGGGUUUGUAGAAAAUACAGAUCAUGUCUUGGCCAAGGCUUACAUUGUCAUCACCCUAGAAAUUGUUUGUAUUAUCUACGAGAUGAAGAUUUUGAUGACUUACAGAAAUUACUCAAGACCAAUAAGAUACAGUUUAAUACAACAGCACCUGACCAGGAAUCAGGACAGUCAUGUCCUGUUAUGGAGCAAAAAGAAGAUCCUGAAGGGAAAAGAGAUGAAACUUGUGGGAGAGAGGUGGAAGAUGGAUUUGCUGGUUUGUGCAAAAUUCAUUACAAAGAAUAUUUAGUUAGCUUAAUAAACAAAAGAAAUGUGGAUCCUGUGGCUAUGAUGUCUGUAGAUGCAAUAAAGAGAUUAAUUGAAAGAGAAGAAAAGAAAGUACCAGAAAAAAAGGCAAAUGAGGCUGACGCAAAAUACCGUAAGCGCCUAGAACAGUUUAUUAGAGAAAUUGAACCUUUAAACAGACAGGAGUAAAACAGAACUAUCAUAGCUUCUCAAAAUAAUACCUUUUACUGGCUUGUCUUCAGAGCACACUAUAAUGAAGCAGCUAGUUUUGUGAAAUACUUUUAUUGCUAAAAGCUUAACUAUGGUACUUGAUCAGUCUUGAUGAUAUAUAUAUGUGAAUAUAAAAUAUGGUAAUUGUGUCCAUUAACAGUUUGCUGUAUGUAGCUGUUUAAUGUUGGUUUUGUACAAAUAGACAUCAAGCUUGAAUGAAAAGGCUUUACUUCAUGAUUUAAAUAGGAUAUGACUGGUUCAUAAGUUAAUGAAAUUGAACAUCAAGAAAAGGGGCAUAAAAUAGAAGUUUCAAAAACUUAUACCUUUUCACGAAUGUGACCUACCGAAUUAGACUAUUUACCGGAUUUGUAAUAACAUAAGCAACACGAGGGAUGCCACAUAUGGAGCAGGAUCUGCUUACCCUUUUGGAGCACCUGAGAUCACCCCCAGUUUUUGGUGGGGUUCGUGUUGCUUAGUCUUUAGUUUUCAAUGUUGUGUCAUCUGUACUAUUAUUUGUCUGUUUGUCUUUUUAUUUUUGGCCAUGGCGUUGUCAGUUUGUUUUCGAUCUAUGAGUUUGACUGUCCCUCUGGUAUGUUUCGUCCCUCUUUUAUAACAAACCAUUAUAUCCCUCCAAAAGAAGAGAAACAUAAAUUUUUCAAAAAGUUGAGCCUUUGUCAUGCAGAGAAUUUAUCAAUGAACAUUUUUUAUAAAGCUUACCUAUAGAACAAUUACCUAUACAAUAUUAAAGUUUUUGAGACAAGUUUUCAAUCCAGUAAUACUAGUUUUAUGUAUAAAAAAAAGAAGAUGUGAUACAAUUGCCAAUGAGACAACUCUCCACCAGAGACUAAAUGACAUAAAAUUUAACAACUAUAGGUCACCUUAGAUUUCAGCAAUGAGCAAAACCCAUACAGCAUAACUAUAAAAGGCCCCGAAAUGACAAAUGUAAAACAAUUCAAACGUGAAAACUAACGGCCUGAUUUAUGUACAAAAUAAUGAACAAAAAACAAUUAGAUAGACAGCAACAAACAACAACCACUGAAUUACAGGCUCCUGACUUGGGACAGGCACAUAGAAUGUGGCAGGGUUAAACAGGUUUGAACUUUGAAGGUGCCGACUCUCCACCUAACCUGGGACAGUGGUGUAACAGUACAACAUAAGAACAAACUAUAAACAUCAGUUGAAAAAGGCUUAACUCAUCAGAUCGAUACAAAGCAGAAAUACAUCUAACAAAAACACAGACCUGAGGUGGCAGUGUACUUAUACAUCCCCACAAUAAAAAAGACACUACAGAGUACUCAGUUACUGACUGCUAGUUGAUGUGUUCCUAUUAAAAAAUGCAUUCCCUCCUUGCUUCUAAGAAUUUAGAAAUUUUGAAAAGCUAUGUAAUUUUGUAAGAAUAUUUAUGUAAUUGUAUUCAAAAAUCAAGAUGACACUUAUGAAUUACUUAGCUGUAAAUUGUUAUUGUCUUUAAUUAAUGCUGUUAUGAUUUGUUAUUUAUUUUAUAGAUUAUAAAUAUGAAUGAAAGAAAAUAAACCACCAAAACCUUCA